CAGCGACGGACCGGCAGCCGUUAAGACGUGUUUUUACCGACAGCCGUUAAGACGUGUUUUUACCGACAGCCGUUAAGACGUGUUUUUACCGGCAGCCGUUAAGACGUGUUUUUACCGGCAGCCGUUAAGACGUGUUUUUACCGACAGCCGUUAAGACGUGUUUUUUACCGACAGCCGUUAAGACGUGUUUUUACCGACCCGCGGAUCGACCAGCAGAUUGUGGUUUUUAUUUUAUUCGGUUUCUUUUGGAGAUGAAGAUUUUUGCGGCGUUUGUGAUUCUCCUGCAAGUUUCCCAGCAGGCUUCAGCUGAGACCUUUAAGGUGAAGGAGGGGGAUGAGUCUGUCCUGCUGCCCUGUAAGGUGACUGCACCUUUACCUGAAGACACCGUGGUGGAGUGGAAACGCCUCAACCCUGAAAUCACCGUCCACAGGCGUAGUGACAACCGUGAUCAGCCCGGUGAACAGAACCAGCUGUUCAGGACACGCACGUCUCUGCGUCAGGAUGCUGUGCAGAGUGGAGACCUCAGCCUCACCCUGAAGAACAUCACACCGCUGGACCAAGGCACCUUCACCUGCUCCGCCAGCCAGGGACAAAAAACCCUGUUCAGUAAACAAGUCGAGCUGCAGGUCUACACCAUAGAUGAGAAAUACUACUUCGACCUGUACGUCACCUUCCUCGUCCUCUUCAUCAUUACUUUGUUUGGAGGUGUUCUGUCAGCUGUUCUAGUCUACAAGAAAUAUAUAAUGAAAGGCAGAUCAGCAGUUGACAUGUGACACCUGAAAGCAUCACAGGCUGAGGGCAACGCCAAGACGCGUCGCCAUGACAACGCCAUGUCCUCUUGGAAGCUGAGGGCAACGCCAAGACGCGUCGCCAUGACAACGCCUUGUUCUCCUGCAGGCUGAGGGCAACACCACGACGCGUCGCCAUGACAACGCCAUGUCCUCCUGCAGGCUGAGGACAACGCCACGACGCGUCGCCAUGACAACGCCAUGUUCUCCUCCCUCCAGAUCACCCGACCUGGCGGUUGCCGUGGCGAUGGUAGUCCAUACCACAGUGCUUCUAACUUUGUUUGAGCUUUAUUAAAUGUCCUAAAUAACGCCAUGUGUGCAUUUGUACAUUUGAUUAAUUUUGUUUGUUACCAUGGAAACGCCUUUUCAUCAAUAAACAGCCUGAUGUUCA